AUGGUAAAUGACACAGCAGUACUGGAAUUCAGGCUACUGGGUUUCAGAGGCAACCCACAGUACCAGAUCCUGCUAUUCAUAGUGUUUUUGGUUAUUUAUAUUCUCACCAUUUUAGGAAACUUCAUUAUUAUUUCAGUGGUGACACUGGAGCCACGACUUCAUUUACCCAUGUACAAAUUUCUCAAGAACCUCUCUUUCCUAGAGGUCUGUUACAUCAGCACAAUUGUACCCAAGAUGCUGGCCAAUCUACUGGCAGAGAGGAAGAGCAUCUCUUUCUCAGGGUGCAUGGCACAGCUUUUCUACUUCAUUACCCUGGGAGCCACUGAGUGCUAUCUCUUGGCAGCAAUGGCAUAUGACCGAUACCUUGCAGUCUGUGAACCCCUGCACUAUAUUGUGGCUAUGACUGCUGAGUCUUAUACUCGUCUGGCUGUGGGCUCCUGGAUCACUGGUAUCUUCACUGGUUUUCUCCCCUGUCUGAUGGUCUCCAGAUUGCAUUUCUGCAGUUGCAACCUCAUUGAUCAUUUCUUCUGUGAUAUCUCUCCACUGUUGAAGCUGUCAUGCUCAGACACCACUGUAACAGAAGCUGUCAUCUUCAUCCUCUCUCUCCUGGUUCUUUCCAGCUGCUUUCUGUUGAUUCUUGUCUCAUACCUACUUAUAAUCCUCAGUAUCCUAAAGAUCCCCUCUACUUCUGGAAAAAGAAUGACUUUCUCCACCUGUAGCUCACACCUCAUGGUUGUCACUAUAUACUAUGGUACAAUGAUUUCCAUGUAUGUCCGUCCCACCUACCGCCUAUCCUCAGAGCUCAGCAAGGCUGUAUCUGUGCUCUACACAGUGGUGACACCCCUUCUGAAUCCAGUCAUCUAUGGCUUGAGAAACAAAGGAUUCAAAGAGGCAUUGCAAAAAAUAGUCAUCAGACACCAUCGUCUUCAUGCUUUGUAA